CCAACAGAAGCAACGGGAGGCGAGGUUGAGCGUGCUCUUUGCGCGUCACUCAUCCCUCCUCCGAGGGAAACGUCAAGCCUGGCUGGCAGAGCCUGUCCUCGCAGGAAGACAAGGGCCCAGUGUGCAAGCCAUUUCCUCUCCAUCUCACGCCAAGAGCGGCGGAGCCACGGAACGCGGCGCGCAGCUUCACCAGAGGGACGGCAACUUCCCUCCCGCCCCGUAGCGCCCUGCGCUCCCCCUUCUCCGCCAGCUCCGUGUUCUUUCACAGCAGCGGACGCUCUUUCGUGCUGCGCAGGAAGAGAUGCCGCGCUGAAAACGACCAGAAACUAAGAUAUCGAGGGAUUCAUUUGGCGGAGUUGCUGGACCUGAAAUGGAAAACGGCAAUAACAGCAAACAAAGUCUCAAGGAUUAUGAAUUCGAGGCUUCUCAGCUCGGCUACCUGCUGGAGAAUCUCUCCAAUAUGACGCAAAGCGCUGUGAUGGAGUCAGAGCAGAGGCUCCCUGAGCCAUGCUGGGACUUCAGGAAACCAGAGAGCCAAAUACACAGGCAGGCCGAGCAAGCAAACCUGGAAAAACAAAAGGCCGAGUCAACGACACGGCUGUGGCCUACUCAGCUGGGCUCUCCGUGGGAUGCGCCCUCUGCCUCAGCUCUGCAUACCUUCCCCAGAUCGCGACCUCUGCUGUGCGAAUCGAGCAUGGGGCGGCCCCGGGCGGCCAGCUGUGGCUGCUCGCUCAACCGCAGGGCCGCCCCACCGACCCGGCCGGGGCCCGUGCCGCACGGCACCCUGCGCAGGGCCCUCCAGGCCGAGGAGCGGUGCAACGACUUUGAGGCGGAGAACGCCACGCUGCAUGCGGAGAACUCGCGGCUACAGCUGGAGCUGGCCACAGCGCACAUCCAGCUGUCGGCGCUGCAGGCACACCUCGAGUCGCUGUGCGACCACACGCGUGAAUUCCUGCUCGCCCAGAUGGAGACGCUGCACGUGCCUAGGGACGCUCUGGGACGUUGACGCUGAUGCGAUUCUUCGCUCAUCUCCUUUUCCUGUCAGGGGGUCGACUGGUGAAUAUUUCCCAGCUGAAACACACGUGGUUUAAGGCUCACCGAGAAGAGUCCUGAUGGGCACUGUGACGAGGGUAACGGGAUAUGACGUGAAAAAGGUCGUGUAAUGUAAUGUUAAAAAUAAGCUAGUCCUCAUAGUAAUCCUAGUCCUAUGGGUAGUUUACUAUUUUUAUUCUUUUUAUUUUAACAGUUAAGGCCCACUGAGGUAUUAGUUCUUUUUCAGAAGCGACUUGGCCGUAAAUAAUAGCUCAACGAAGUGGCUUAUCAUGUGCAAAUGUGUAGCAGCCAAAUACUGUAAAGUCAUGUUUCUAAAUGUGGAGGGAAAAACCAGAAGACCGGGAGAAAAAUCCACAUGACCACGGGUAACCUUGUUAUCCAUAGCCCUCACCUUAGAAAUAACUUCCACCCAUAGUCAUGACAAUGAUUGAUUGCACGAAUGCUGUGAAACUCCCCGUCGGCGUCGAGCAGGAGCCAUCCCCUGACUUGCCAGGAAAUGGCGGUACAGCAAGUGGACUAAUCAUCAUUUUCUUGGUUUUUUCGGUAAAGUCAAUAAAAAUUAAAGCAUAAUAAAAUUAUGUUUUAUUUUUUAUUAUUUUAUUAGUUCCCUUCUACGUGACUUUACCGAAAGAACCAAGAAGAUGAAUCCCUGCAGUCACGAAAGCUUUAAAUCGAAAUUUAAUCAUCAUUUAUUUCCAUAUAUACAGGGAUAAUGUUUCCCCCUCACAUGCGUGGGUUUUCUCCAGGUGCCCUGGUUCAUGGCUCUUGUAUAAACACUCACAAAUUGUAUGACAUUUUUUUUAUUGGAUCCAUUGCAUAUCCGAUGGUUACAGGCGAGAGGACACUGGCUGACAUCUUCUCAAAAUAAAAACGCAUUGCAGGACCCUCCUGAAAAAAGAGUCCUACUACUCAGGGUGGUGCUCCUGGACAAUUAAACAAAAUAAGUAAAGUAACUGCAGCAAAAACACUCGCACUAAUUGUACAAACUCAAAUUAUAACUUUAAAAGCCCAGGCCCCUACCCUAGCCCUAUCUUUAAGCCAAUCUUUUUCAUAGCCAUAGCAUGAAUCAUUACCCCAGCAAUGAAACUACUAUUCUUUGGGUCUUUCCGUAAAGUCACGUAGAUAGGUUCAAAGAAAAUUACAAAAAACUGAAACUACGACGUUUCGAUCGCAACACAAACGGUUGUCUUCAGGAAAAGGGGGAUUAGCUUCCAAAGGCAAACUAUUUAUAAGGGUUUGAAAUGGGCGUACCCCAAAUGUCAGCAGCCAAUGUUAAUGAAAGUGGUGGGCAGCCAACCCAACGGUGGUUGGUUUUCCCUCAAUCAAAGGGCUGCCAGGUGAAAAUUAGCAUGUUAAUGAGAGAUUAGCAUGUUAAUGGAGAAUCACAGAGCCGCAACCGAGGGGUCGGUGUGCGAAGAAGCUGUUUUGGUGUGAAUCAUGUGAAUGCGCAAGUUUGAAAUGGGCGUAAAGCACAACUAACAUCGGAAGGUGGUAGGAUAGGAACAUCAUAGCCAGUUAUGGAGGCGGAAAAGAACACCAAGCAACCAUUCUUGGAUGUUCUAAUCAAAAAGAGACCAGAUGGUUCAAUGGGACACUCUGUCUACAGGAAAGCCACCCAUACGGAUGCAUAUCUAAAACCUGACUCCCACCACCAUCCAUCUCAGAAGAAUUCCCUCAUCAAAACUCGAUACCAUAGAGCUCGAUGUAUUUACGACUGUCAUCACCUAGCCAGUGAACUGGAACAUGUACACCAAGCUCUCAGACUCCACAAUCCAUAAAGCUAUCACCCCAACCGUUGAGAAAGAACCAUCUGAGGACCCAAUCAAAACCAUCACCUUGCCAUACAUAGCAGAGGUCACUCAAGAGAUGUCCAAAAUCAUGUACAAACAAAAGAUCCAGGUUCGAUUUAACAUAGUACGUAAAAUUUGUGAUCUGAUCCCAUCUGUGAAGGAUGUGUUCCCUGACGAGCAUUACUCCAGCGUCUACAAACUAAGUUGUGUCUGCGGCAGUAGUUACAUUGGGGAUACUAAGCGACAUGUCUCGGACCGUGUUCGUGAACAUAAGGCAGAUCUUAAACACGGUAGGACCAAUACCUCGGCCGUGGCUGAUGAUUGUUUUAAUGCGGUGGGCUCACACGAAAUUUAUUUAUCUAAGACGAAGGUACUUUGCAAGCCCACUGGCUAUCAACAAAGAUUCGUUCAUGAAGCCAUCCAUAUAUAUAGACACAGACACAAUUUCAAUCGAGAAGAUGGGUACAAACUGAGCAAUCAUUGGAAGGAUGUUAUCUACCAGUUUAAGUCAUAACUGGCUAUUGUUGUAUAUGUUGGUUAUCGAAAUUUGUUAUGUUGUAUGCGUGCGUGGGUGAAAUUAUUAUGUUGUAUAUGUGGGUUAUGAAUAUUCAGUGAAAAUAAUAAUAAUUAAAUGAAAUUUGGCCAAAUGUGUAAUUAUCCAGAAAUAUGUUAAUUUAUGUAAUUAUGCACAUUUUAAUUAUGCCAAUUCGAGAGGUAAUCGUAUUAAUUAUGCGAGUGGGUGUAAUUAUGAUAAUGCAAGUCGUUAUGAUAACCAGACCCCGCCUCGGUGACGAGGGUGGGUUAUCGAUCGGAAUAAGGCAAUUAAUCGUAUGCAGUUAUGCAGGUGUGGUGUAAGUAUGCAAGAUUAACUUAGAUUAACUCGGCAUCGUUGUCUAGGUUCGUCUCAUUCUCGCUUUAACAUUCCCAGAGUGUAUAUUCGUGGUUAUAUUUUAGGUCCCCGGUUCACCCCGUUAUCGCUUUAACAUUUACUGAGUAUGUAUUAGUGUGUUUAUUAAGGUCACCAAGUUCAGAUCUCAACGCAGAAGCAGAUCUUAUGCAUAGAUUUCAGGAAAGAAUCACACAACCACUUCUGUAUUGAUCAAUUUAUUACUAAUUCAACCUUAACUAUGAUAUAGUAUGCGAACUCUCAAUCCCGGAACGUCAACACGGCAUCAAUACAGUAUCAUCAACGAUUGUCUGAUUUCACUUUGACAACGGCACAUGGAUCCCGCAUAACGCGAUGGUUGUUAGUGAGAGAGAGUCGUUAAAAUAUGCAAAUACUAUGCUAAGAAAACCUUAACGUUAAUGAAUGAUUAUGCUCAAUAUUGUUCACGCAGUACCGCACUCCUUAUUGAUCAUACGCAACCCUUAUCACGUUGUUAGCACCUUGGGUCACGGGACAGUUGAAUAUUCUGUAGAGGAUGCGAGUACGUGCGGCGAUUAUGACUGAAAGAUACUUGAAAGAUUAUACGGCGAUAAAAAAACACAAUCAAAAACAGUUAUUAUUCUUAAAGGCACCAAUCUCAACAGAUACAUCGGCAGGUUAUCUGACAACAGAACGGCUCGGAGUAAGGGCCUGCGACGGUGCUCCUUUUCCGAAGAUCGUUAUCUUAUACCAAGUUUACUAAUUGGGGACCAGAUCACCUGAUAAGGAUCCGGUGGGCCACCACUCCCCACGUGAGCGUGGCUCGGCGGAAGGAGGUGCCAAGAAUCAGUUCGUAUUGAUGGAUCUGUUGGGAAUUUAUGCGAUUAAGAGUACAGCCCACUAAAUAUUAAAGAUAAAAAUUACGAAUACUUUAUAAACGACGGAUGGCCAUCACUCGGUCUCGUUGUGAUGCCUUCCCAGCCACAGAUGGCUUAUGGGUUCGAGUGUGUUUGAGUGGUAAGAGUUGUCUUGAAUAGUCAGUGUUCGGAGUCGAUUCUUUAUGUCAAACAGACGCCUGGUGGUCGUGUGGUGAGGGGGCGGUGCGCGUCAUACGUAUCAGUCGCUCCCCUGUCACCGUGGUGAACUGGUUCGGAUGCCCGUUGAUACGCUGUCGCAGUUCGGAACCCGGUCGGUAGGUGGCGCCCACAACUCGCUCGCAGCGUGCAGUGUUGUCGUCGACU